AUGGCCUCUACCGACGUUACCAUGGCCGACGCGCCUUCCGGUCGGCCUGAUCGCCGCUCCAUCGCUUCCCCUCCACCCGGCCAGUCGCAGUCACAGUCUAAGAGAGACAAACGUCGCCAGAUGCUCGCCGAGCGUAUCGCAACCCUUUCUGAAAAAUGGAGCAAAGAAAGAGACCAGACGUUCCGUGAACAAUUACAGAAAAUCCAGAUUGACACCAGCCUGGUCAUGCGAGUCGACCCCUAUGUCGACCGACCUUUGGACAGCUUCGAAGAGGACCAGAGACGACUCAACCAGCUCAAUGGCACCGACCCCGAUGGAGUCCCGCGAUCCCUGCUUGACAUGGCUGGCCCCAAGUUUGCCAAGUGGAUGGAGAAAGUACAGGAUCUCGCAGAGCAACGCGAUUAUGCUCUCACCAAAUACAAAUUCGACUACGAGAAGAAGAUCGCCGAAUACCUCAACACGCAUGCCUAUAAGACGGAGCUUGCGAACAGAGAACACAAGGCACUUGCUUCGACCCUCCGCGAUCGAUUGAUCAACAUCAUCACUUCAAAGAAAUACAGACUCAACAAGGAAAAGGAGGCCCUCGAGAUCGCCGAUGCGUCCGCCCUACUCUUGCACCCCAAUCAAUUCAGCAUCACAAACCCAGCCAGCCCGGGAGGCACCCAUGGCAAGCGGGCCACCCGCCUGCGAAGAGAAAUGGAGGAUACAAUCGGCAUGGAUGGCAAGAAAAGAAAACGCAACAUGAAUGACGACGACGGUUCCCCAGCACCACAACGUCGCGCACUCGAUCCAAACAGCACCACACCCCUUUGGCAGACAGACCGUCUGGUCCAACGCAAGACCACCGGCCCCAUUUACAGCAUUGACAAGUUGUUCACGGACAAGGAACUAUCCAUGACCUACAACCAGUCCGCUUUGGCGGCCCACAAGUACAUUCUCACCCAUAAGCCGCGGUUUGACGACUAUGGCCGCCCGAUCUCGUCCCCCGAGGGCAGUGUUUCCGGUAGCGGCGACCUUGACGAUCCCGACUCGGAACUCAUGGGCUUGGAGAUGCUCGCUAACUUCGACUUCCCCGGUAACCUUGAGCGUUUGACUAGUAGUCAGGACCCUAAGCAGCCUCCUGCCUUCCCGUCACAAUACGUCAAGGGCCACGCAAAGCAGUCUGACUUCAAUACCCCAGCAGCGCUCGCUAGUGACGACGUGAGCGGGGACUUGAUGGUUAUGCACGCCCUGAAGCAGUACGACCAGCUGAAUGGCAUGGGUGCCAAUCUACAGACUGAGCAUGGAAGCAUGAAGCUUCUCCAAUCGGUGUCGCUCCCAAUCAAGGACCGCAGGUUUGUGUCUUUUGUUCAGGGUGAGCGGCCGUCGGAGAACGAACUCAGAGAGCGUCUUGGUCUUCCCCCGAUCAAGGCGCCAGUUGAGCCCGAGAGAUCUGAGCCAACCAAUGGCCUCGGUCUCGGCACCCCAUCAAAGGGCGGUCGCUCGGGUACUCCGUCCCACCAUGCGUCUCCUGCUAAGGCGCUUGGGGGUGUCUCUAUGAGCAGGCAGUCUAGCGCCAACGGCGGCGUGGCUAUGAGCCGGACCAGCAGCAGAAAGGGACGCGGCGGCCGCGGUGGUUAA